CCAGACCUUAAGGUGUUCUCCCCGGUCCCGAUCCCUAGGUCCCCCUGUAACCCUGCUCUACUUACCACACUGAUCCCAUCCCCGGGACCGCCAACACAACUUGUCCAAGCCUCGGGUCCUCCACCCGGUACCUCCGCUCUUCGUCCGCGUUGCGAGGAGCGGUACGUACCUACAGCGCGCUACCUUACCGCACACCCUGGCCCCUCCAUUCUAAGGUACCUAAGCCCCAUAACCCUCUGGUGUACGUACCUGGCCAGCUACCUCAUUGCAAGUCCCCUACGUAGCUACCAACCCGCUGCCUCUCUUUACCUUAGUCUUUCCAUCCUUAUAAGUCAUCGUCCCUCCAUGGUUUGCCACUCACUUUACCUCUCCUACCAUCACACCUACAAAAUAUCCAAACUUCUUAACUACCACACCAUGCUGUUGACUCGACCCACUGCUUCACAAUCAAUCCAGCAACAUCAGCAACAGCAACAAUACCAACAACAUCACUCCGACUUACACCACCAGUAUCAGACACAAUCACAGCAAUUCUAUCCUCACUCGAUCGAUUUUGACCUCGAAGCCUCCUUUGACGACACUGCUCCCGACCUCACCUCGUCGAGUAUUACCUCGUCUCCGCUCUCGACUCAAUCUUUCCUCCCCUCCCAUUAUUCUCUGGCAAAUAACUCGGCAAGCCUUGCAAGCUACGACUCGUCCCACCUGGCCGUCCCAAGACGAUCGGCGACAAGCACUUCAGGCUUCGAAGACUCUGCCUUGAACCACAAUAAUCAGCAUAACCUCAUGCAGUCAGACGCUUGGAUUCUCGGGAAUCAGUACGCUCCCAAGACCGUUGGUCGACUACCUCAUCAGCGGGAGUCAUCUUUGUCUUCGCUCGGUUCAGCCGGUCCCGCGUCACCCUUCAGUCACAGCACAACGAAUCCCCAAAUCGCGGUUACAGAUUCAACACCCGACGGUCUGUACGACAUGCAGACCCACGACGGUAAUGCUUUCUACCAGCUGUCCAACAAGUCAAUGGCGGUGUCUCACGACAACAUGUAUCCCAACUACAACGGAUUGCAGAAUAUAUCGUCGGAUAUGGCUGGCUACGCCUCAGCUUUGAAUGUUCAAAGACCACGAUCUGACCGUGGGUUAUUACCUGCGCCUGAACUCUCUAUGGCUGGUAGCAGAUCCCACCCAAAUUCUGUGGCAAGCUCCAUUGCUGGGGACUCACCCGCAACACCAUCACAUCUCGAGCACGAAGAUGAUAGGCGGCGGAAAGCUGUCUUCAGCAACGUACCCAAGCUAGACCGCACAAUGACAGACAUCUAUAAUGAUGAACUAUAUAGCCCCAACUUCACCAUUACCUCGGCAGCUCCGGCCCAAAACCAGAUGGCUGUAUCCCCUAGCAAUGACGUGUUCGCGCAACGACUUAGCGCUGCAAACAAUCAGCACCUGAGUGCAGCACAGUCGCCAGUCUCUAGUGUGUCACGCGACCGUUCGCCAUUCCGUCAGGGCUCACCGUUGGCACCGAUGCCUAGUCAUGACUUUGGUGGAGGUGUCCAGGCCUCUCGCCUACGAUUCAACUCGGCCCACCAAAUUCGGGAACAGAAGAAGGCGGAGCAAGAUGCACAAAUCAUGCGACAACAAAUGUCCGUAAAGUCGGAGCCGGAGACCCCUAAAACCAUCUCCCCAAAGGACGCCAUGCUCGAGUUCCACGACGGCGAUGCUGAAUCAUCAUUUUCACUCUUUCCAUCCCAGGAGACGGUGGAUUUUGAAGACAUUGCAAAGGCAGUGGUCACGCAAGACCAGCAGGUCAAUUUUGCCAGGUCUGCUAUACAAAAUGGGGCAACGUUCCCUUAUAUGCCCGCUCAGCUUCAGACCGCUGUCCACAUUCCGCAGCAGUACCCGUUCAUUGCCCAUCCACGACAGUCUCAUGAGCAGAUUCCUCGACUUAGCUCUGCCGAGUCAAGCACUGGGGGAUCUGAUGCUACUUCGACUUCAAAUGCGGCACCGAUAUCCAAGCCUGUGGGUGCUACCGCUGACGGCGGCACUUACACUUGCACAUACCACGGCUGCACCAUGCGAUUCGAAACCCCUGCUUUGCUGCAAAAGCACAAGCGCGAGGGGCAUCGGCAGACUCAGGGUAUUGGGGGGCCUAGAAGGCCUGAAGCAGUUGCCACAUCCCCCGACAGCAUGCUUAACAGUCAAGCCGGACCUCACCGCUGCGAUCGCAUCAAUCCUAGCACGGGCAAACCGUGCCACACAAUCUUUUCACGCCCGUACGACUUGACUCGUCACGAGGAUACUAUUCACAAUGCGCGGAAGCAAAAGGUGCGCUGUAAUCUUUGCACCGAGGAGAAGACGUUUAGCCGUGCCGAUGCGCUCACGCGACACUACCGAGUCUGUCAUCCGGAUGUUGAAUUCCCAGGCAAGCACCGACGCCGAGGGCAUAAUGUCUGAAUGCGCCACGUCGUACACUGGCAAUAACACAUAGCUCGGAUGGUUUCUUCUUCGCGGUGUCUUUGCACCGGCAACAGCAUGCGUCGUCUCCGAACAUGAGGAGCAAGUCAGGGAUGCGGGGAGGUCGGGCGAAUCAACAAGGGUGGAAAUUCAGGGUCCUCGAUGGUGCAGUAAGGGUCGUGCAACAUGACAUCACAUAGUCCGUGCACAGCGACCCUGACGAUCCAUAUGACCCGCAAUGACAUCAUUUUCCGCUCUCAUUCCCAACUAGGUUCAUAUUGCCAGACGUCGUGCAACUUGCCCGACUCCACUCAACGACAUCAUCAUGAGCCUUGGCAUCAUCAUCCACCUUCGCCUGAGUCCGUCAAAUCGGGAAUUGAUGGGACGUGCUGGGAAGGAUGGAUGAUCAUGACGCUACAUCACCUACGUCCCUGCCACAGGCUUCUUCCCAUUUGAGCGAUAUGGACGGCCCCGACCAGCCCCGAUUCAAAACUUGUGGUACUCUACCCAUAUGAUGCAAUCUAUGGCACUUGAGUAUGGAUCUGUCCGGGACUUGUGCAUCUUGACCGUCUCGAGCAGUAGCGUUCCUUUUUCAACUUUUAAUUUACUUGAUUCUUGCGAUGAUUUUGGGAUUGGCGGAUAAGGAGCAAGUUUUUCACAUCUCUCAUUCUCCUAGAAGGCGAUUACGCAUGAAAUAUUGUACAUUAUGGUAUCAUGGUCCAAGUCGAGACCGCAAGGCUAGAUAAAAAAAAAGGGUGGGAAGGGAAUGGGACGCCCAAGGGCACGCAGGCGUCGUUGGUUUUUACGAAUGUGAUGAUGAGGGAGGAAUGAUGCAUUAUAGAAGUAUUAAUAUGUACAACACCAUCCCCACG